AUGAAAAACAAGGUUGGAUUCAUUACGGGAAAAUGUAAGAAACCUAAUACUGAUGAUACAACUUAUGAUCAGUGGGCUCGAUGGGAUGACAUGGUCACAUCGUGGAUCCUAAACUCACUUUCAAAAGACCUAACUGAUAGUCUACAAUAUGUCGGUGAUGCCAAGAAAUUAUGGCAAGAACUAGAAGAUAGAUAUGAUCAAACUAAUGGAGCAAAUUUGUAUCAAUUGCAGAAGGAAAUUAACGACCUUAUCCAAGGGGCUUUGGACAUCACACGGCAUUACACAGAAAUAAAAAGACUUUGGGAGAAAUUGAAUAACCUGAAUGCAUAUGCGCAGUGCAAUUGUCAAUGUACUUGUGGAGCAAAGGCUAACAUGCACAAGGUUGAGCAUAAUCGAAGGUUGAUUCAGUUCCUAAUGGGCUUAAACGAAGUCUACACAGUAGUGAGAGGCAACAUACCUAUGAUGAAUCCACUACCCAGUAUAUCACAAGCCUUUACCAUUCUCAUUCAAGAAGAGAAGCAUAGAGAAGUCGGGCCAAGAAACAAAUUGGUUAUGGAGUCUCUUCAUUGA